UUCAGAGCAGCCUCCGGACUCGGCCUGCAGAGCUGAAAGAGAACAGUCUUCCUGGCACGUAAGGAACGAGAGUUUAUGUCUUUGUUGGAUGGUCAGUUGCACAGCGGCGCCAGGGAGCGGGGAAGAGCAGAGAUCCGUAGCCCUGAGCGAGAGGAACGUGCUGUCUGUCCCCACGCACAGUCAGAUGGGCCCCAUGGGCAAGCAGAGCCCCUCGUCCCUGCCGGUCCCCACGGGAGGGUCUUGCCUCCUCCUCCUCUUCUGCCUGCGUUUGGGCGCCUCCUGCCCACAGAGCUGCCAGUGCCCUGACCACGCUGGGGCCGUGGCCGUCCACUGCAGUGCGAGGGGCCUGCAGGAGAUCCCCAAGGACAUCCCGGCCGACGCCGUGCUCCUGAAGCUGGAUGCCAACAAAAUUGCCCGCAUCCCCAACGGAGCUUUCCAGCACCUGAGCCAGCUGAGAGAGCUGGACUUGUCUCAGAACGCCAUCGAGACCAUCGGCCCUGCUGCCUUCUCGGGCCUGGCCGGGGGCCUGCGGCUGCUGGACCUGUCUCACAAUCGCAUCCGGAGGAUCCCGAAGGACGCCCUGGGCAAGCUCAGCGCCAAGAUCCGCCUGUCCCACAACCCCCUGCACUGCGAGUGUGCCCUGCAGGAGGCCCUGUGGGAGCUGAAGCUGGACCCCGACUCGGUGGACGAGAUCGCCUGCCACACCUCGGUGCAGGAGGAGUACGUGGGGAAGCCGCUGAUCCAGGCUCUCGACUCUGGCGUCAGCUUCUGCAGCAUCCACCACAAGACCACCGACGUGGCCAUGCUGGUCACCAUGUUCGGCUGGUUCGCCAUGGUGAUCACCUAUGUCGUGUACUACGUGCGCCAGAACCAGGAGGACGCCAGGAGGCACCUGGAGUACCUCAAGUCCCUGCCCAGCGCCACCGUGUCCAAGGACCCCCUCAGCCCCGUGCCCUAGUGCCCGCUGGCCCAAGCAGACCACAGCCCCCCUGUCUCCCAUCACUCUGGUAGCAGGUGGCGAGUGACUCGUGCUUCUGAGAUCCCCCUGGUGAGGUGGUCAUCCCAGCUGCUUCUGUGCAGUGCUUCCCUCUGACAGAGCAUUUUCCCAUAUCGCGUUUAGUCACUGCCAUAUCCUUCAGGUCAGGUAAUGAGGAAACCAGAGCUGAGGGACGUGGACUGACUUGCCCACAAUGACACAGGCAAGAAAUGAUCCAGCUGGGACUUAAACCAGGCUGUCUGUUCUGAAGUUCUGUGUCCCUUCCACUCUGUGAGCCUGU